CUGCGCGAGCGGGGCUACACGGUCACCGAGCAGCCGGUCGUCGACGACCGGGUCAACGUCAUCGCCACCGUCGGUGCGACGGAACCCGAGAUCGUCUAUUCGACGCACAUCGAUUGCGUCCCGCCCUUUUUUCCGAGCAGGGUCGAGGGCGACACGCUGUACGGCCGGGGCGCCUGCGACGCCAAGGGGAUCCUGGCGACCGAGAUCAUGGCCCUCGACAGGCUUCGCGACGCCGGCGAGACCCGCGUCGGCCUGCUCGUCGUGGUCGGCGAGGAGAACGGCAGCCACGGCGCCCGCGCCGCCAACCGGCUCUCGAACCGCUGCCGGUACCUGAUCAACGGCGAGCCGACCGACAACCGCCUCGGCGCCGCCACGAAGGGCGCCUACCGCGUCCGGCUCUCGGCCACCGGACGCGCGGUCCACUCCGCCUACCCGGAGCUGGGCGACUCGGCAAUCGAGAAGCUGCUCGACGCUCUGAUCGCGCUGCGGGACCUCGAUCUCCCGGUCGACCCGGUGCUCGGCGCCACCACCUACACGGUCGGCGUGCUGUCGGGGGGCGUGGCCCCCAACGUGGUGCCGCCCGGCGCGGAGGCGGACGUCAACUUCAGGACCGUCGAGCCGGCGCCGCGCGUCCGCGAGCGGCUCGACGCGUCGCUGCCCGGCUCGGUGUCGAUCGAAGACGUGAUGGUGGUGCCGCCGGUCCGCCUGACAACCCUGCCCGGCUUCGAUACCGCCGCCUUCUCGUUCACCACCGACAUCCCGUUCCUGACGUCGUGGGGACAGCCGCUGCUGGUCGGCCCCGGAUCCAUUCACGUGGCCCACACGGCGGAAGAGCACGUGAAGCUCGACGAGCUGGUGCAGGCAGUCGACCUGUACGAGAAGCUCGCGCGGGAUCUGCUGGCGGCCACAUCCUGA